GUUUCCUCCCCCAUUGCCUUCCUAAGUCGCCGCCUCCCACCAUGCGCUUCCUCCAUGGUGCUCUCCAUGGAGGGCUGCUUCUAAAUGCCGCUCUCUUCGGCCAUGUUACUCAUGCCAUUGAUCUUGAUAUCAGCAGUGAAUCAUCUAUAAAGGCUGCGGCAAGCAAAACAGCAUACGGGUCAAUGACCUGGUACCACGGCAAUGAGACCGGCCAAAUUCCUGGUGCAUUCCCUUCCAAGUGGUGGGAAGGCAGUGCGCUGUUCAUGAGUUUGCUUCUCUACUAUUACUAUACCGGGGACAGCACCUACAACGACGAAGUUCGCCAAGGUAUGCAAUGGCAAGCAGGUGAUUGCGACUACAUGCCGAGCAACUACAGUAGUUAUCUGGGUAACGACGAUCAAAUGUUCUGGGGCCUUGCGGCGAUGACCGCGGCGGAGAUCGACUUCGCCGAUUCGACCGACGGAUAUUCCUGGCUCGCUCUUGCCCAGGGCGUGUACAACACCCAAGUCGCACGCUGGGACUCCUCGAACUGUGGAGGCGGGCUGCGCUGGCAGAUCUGGCCGUACGAGGCUGGUUACGACAUGAAGAACUCAAUCUCGAACGGAGGCUUGUUUCAGCUGGCUGCCCGUCUCGCCCGUUACACGAACAACGAUACGUACGCCGACUGGGCCGAGAAGAUCUUCGAUUGGUCGGCAUCUGUUCCUCUGUUGAACAACGAAACAUGGAACGUUGCAGACUCUACCGACAUCGAUAACGGCUGCACAACGCAGGGCAACAACCAAUGGUCUUACAACUAUGGAACAUAUCUGAUGGGUGCCGCAUACAUGUACAACUACACGGGCAAGGCCAAAUGGAAGACCGCCGUGGAUGGUCUUCUGAACGUCACUCUGACCACAUUCUUCCCGUCCAAGUACGGCGGGAACAUCAUGUCCGAGGAACUCUGUGAACCCCUGGAGGUUUGCAACGACAACGAAAUCCUCUUCAAGGGCCUGCUUAGCGGAUGGCUCGGAUUUGUGGCGUUGGUGGUUCCCUCGACAUAUGACCAGAUCUUGCCGAAGCUGCAGGGCUCCGCCGAGGCCGCUGCCGCGUCUUGCAGCGGAAUGAGCAACAACACGUGUGGUGUACGGUGGUACCCGAAGUCGUGGGAUGGAUGGAACGGCAUGGAGGAAGAAAUCGCCGUCACCAAUGUUCUUUCAUCUGUUCUCAUUACGACGAAGAAGUCCGGUCCAGUGACCUCCACUACUGGCGGUAACAGUACCAGCGAUCCGAAUGCCGGUAAAGGAGAUACCACCGGCGACAAGACUACGACACGGAAGAUCACCGCCGGUGACAAGGCCGGUGCAUCUAUCUUGACGAUUGUUUUUGUUGGUGCCUGGGGUGGCAUGAUCGCUUGGAUGCUCCUCGGAGGCUAGGCUACCGCAAUGACGGCUUGAUGUCGCAUCUAUAUACCACACAGUGGUCAUUAUAUAUCAUUUUCACAUAUUGCGGUGUCUUUUUCUAGGGGGACCUUUUCCCUCUUUUCUCUUUAUAUAUAUAUAUAUAUAUUUUUGGUUCAUAUUCCCGGUGGUUUCAAGUGGUCGGGUACAUAUUGUGUUGUUGAGAGGCGCAGUGUGUCUAUAGGUCUUGUAUGAUUUGUUUCUGGAUGCCUUCGCUUGUCAAGGAUAUGACUGUAUAUAUAGAAGAUAAUCAAGAUUCAG